AUGGGGGUUCCUGUAGUGGCCUUCUCCUUCUCGCUCAAGGACAACACUAAGCACGAUGAAUAUGAAAUAUCAGAUCAUCUAAGAAAAUAUGGGUGGAUUGUUCCAGCCUAUACAAUGGCUCCAGAUGCUCAGCACAUUACACUUCUGCGUGUUGUGGUGAGAGAGGACUUCAACCGAACGCUGGCAGAGCGCCUGGUUGCAGAUGUUGACAGAGUAUCGAAGGAAUUGGAAGAGCUUCCUCCUAAGAUAAUUCAUGCAGUUCAAGGCUUAGCCAUUAGUGAAGAAGAUAAAAAGGGGCAGCAGGCAAAAGAAGCUAUCACAGAGUCGAAUGGUGGUGAUAGCCAUAGUCACAGGCGAAGAAAGGGAUGCCAUGCCCGCCAUCCUCAAAACUCUGGGGACAAAACAAAGGGCAUCUGCUAA